AUGACAGACAAGGAUGGAAACACCUUGCCAGGGUUUGAAGGUACUGUGAUAGAUACUAAGAUGUUUACUGGUAUAGCCACGCUAAAAUCCGAGGUACUAGCCGUCCAGCUCAUUACUAGGUACUGGUUGAUGAGAACGGAUUCGGCGCAGCUACAAAUUGGCUAUGCUACAUAUGCAAGGUGCACACGUUCGGUCUCCAUGACUCCACCAGCCUAUUAUGCACAUUUGGUUAUCCGUUGUGCACGAUAUUACAUUGAGGAUAAUGUGAGAGCGCGAGAAACUCGAUCCUCUAUAAGAAGAACCGUGAAAAAGAGAAAUAAGACUGCAAGCUGGGCGAGUGAAGGACUGAUCCGCAAGGGGAACAAGUGGGAAUCUGGUUCUCAGGGGGAACUUUCUGUAAAGCGUGCUGCUGAAAAAUACAAUGCAGCUGUACAGCAGUACCUCAGCAAGGCCGAUUGA